CCUUCUCUCUUUCUCGCAUGUACGCACAUCUCAUGCCAGCUGCGCGCUUACUCCGUGUGACUUAGCCUAUGCUGCGCUGGCACACAGUGUCAUCGAAGGAUCGACCUCGAAAUCGUCUGUGUACAUACAUAUCGCUGCUGCUACACUGACACUGGCUGCUGACUGCACAUACAUAUCCGACACGUACGUGAAACGAGCAUACAUACACGCAUACGCACACCUUUCGAUCAUCUGCGACGAAGGUUAACAAAGAUCCAAACCCAGUGCAUUCAGUGUCAUAGGAUACAGAUUUUACUAAAAUAUCACCAUGGAACAGAAUGCAGAAACCUACGAGAGUGUCUUGCUGGUCAAGAGCGAAGUGUUUGUUUUCAAAAUCCCACCAAGAUCGACUAAUCGUGGCUAUCGAGCUGCAGAUUGGAAUUUGCAAGAGCCUUCAUGGACUGGUAGAAUGAGGCUAGUAACUAAUGGUGAUGCUGUUAGUAUAAAGUUAGAAGAUAAGGCCUCUGGUGCUCUUUUUGCCAAAUGUCCUAUAGAACAAUAUCCUGGUAUAGCAGUAGAGCCAGUUACAGAUUCUUCUAGGUAUUUUGUUCUGAGAAUACAAGAUGACAAUGGCAGGUCUGCCUUUAUUGGCGUAGGGUUUUUAGACAGAUCAGAUAGUUUUGAUCUCAAUGUAGCUCUACAAGAUCAUUUUAAGUGGUUAAAAAAUAGAGAUCAGAUAGAGGAAGAAAAGAAAACUCCUAAACCAGAACUGGAUCUCAGGUUUAAAGAAGGAGAAACCAUAAAAAUAAACAUGAAGAUCACUAAAAAAGAUGGAAGCGAAACAUCAUCAAAAGCAAAAAAAUCAUCUGGCUCCGGUGUACUUCCUCCUCCUCCUGGUGGAGUGAAAAUAGCGCCACCGCCUGCCAGGACUCCUACCAUGUCACCUGCACACAAGCCUACACAGAAUCCACAAAAUCACUCUGGAACAGGACCCGAGUGGGGAGAAUUUGCCAGUGCAUCACAACAGCAGCAACAAGCACCAGCAGCUCCAACUACAAAUGCCAGCUGGGUACAGUUCUAAUGAUUGUUUCAAUUAUAAUGAAAUUAUGUUUAGAAGCACAGUCUUUUAUCACUGUAUGUAUUGUUUCUACAUACAAACUUAUGAAUUCAAAAAAAUCACUUAUGUUCCAAACAAAAUGUAUAAAAGUGUAUGAAUCUGCUGUUAGGCAGAAAAAUGUAAUUUAAAACGAUAUAAAUAUUAUGAGAAGAAAAACGAAGACAAAAACACAUAAAAUAAUGAUGCAUGCAUGGAAUUAUGAGAUUGUCCUUAUGUUGUUUUUAACUGUGGCAUUUGUGUGUCGUUUUUCAUUUAUUUAAACAGGACGAGACAAAUCAUAAGUCUUUGCAUUUAAAACAUUUCUAUUGACUUAAAUCAAAGGAUUUCCAACUUGAAAUUUGUUUUCCUAGAUUUUUUUAAAACUACAGUAUUAGGUCAACGAUCUUUUUUUUAUUAAAGUAUUCAGAAGUUAAAAUUCUACUUUUCUCAGUGUAUUCUGAUUUUAUUACGUGUACGGUUUUCGCGCAUGUGCGCAAGUCGUCUUUGGAUUUUGUAAAUAUUGUUGUAUUUUCAGAGCAAAAAGUACCCAUGAAUAUAAAUAAAAAAAAUUAAUAUAAGUAGCAAAAGUCUAGGCCUAUGAAAAAAUAAUGAAUUGAAAAGAAACUGCAUACUAAAGUAAAUGUUAUAACACAAACGAGUAGAAAGCAUGCUCAUAUUGUCGAUAAUUAAAAUCAUCCGAAAUUGCGUUAAAUCAAAACAAAAAAAAUUCCAAUCGCAAAAAGUGACAACAUUAGGUAAAUGGAAAAAUAAUCGGACGUUGUGAGUCAUGACUCCGCUAUAAAUGCAUAUAUACAUAUGUAUAUAUAUACAUAUAUUGCUUCUUCGUGAUGACUAUACAUUGUAAAAUAUUAUAACA